UGCCGCUACAGCCGCAUUCCCCUGAGCGCGGUGGGCUGCGGGUUGAGGUCGCGCAAGGGGAGAGGCACGGAUUUCCACAGGGCUGUGGGACACGGGGAACGGUAUUCGCUGCUCAUCCUGGUGGUUUUCGACUGUGGAAAGGACUUCUUUCUUAGAGGCGUCGGUUUGUUUUACGGACUGUCUGUACUGCCUAUGAACUCUAUUUUUGUGGGAGAAGUUCUGUCAAGUUAGUUAGCUCGCUAAGGUUUUCGGCUAACCAGCUUGGCUGCUAUAGCUACACUGUCAUUAGCUAGCUUACAAGUUACUUUGUGGUUAGCCAAACGUAGUUCGUAAUAGAAUCUAAUUAAUGCGUUAAUAUUUUUUUGCAGAUUAUUAUUUUGUACUAAAUAGUGUCGCUUAAACCGAGGUUUAAUAAAACACUUCCAUUGUCGAGUGGUUGAGGUAUUUAAGAGUUAACCUUACCUAGUGCAAUUAUUUCGCUAGCUACUUAGCUUUCUAGCUAGCAUAUCUUUCUCUGCUGCAGGGUUUGCUCACCUUAGCUGGUUAGCAGCAGAAGACAAAUUUGAUUUAUUUAUCUUUUUUUUUUUUACAAAACAUAUACAUACCGUUUUAAGCAUGAACGGCUUGUUAUUUUCUUGCAAACGUUUUAUUGAGCAGUGUGAAGAGUGGAGCGACAUGCACAUCUAGGUCGGGAUGAUAUUUCUUUAAUUUUUUGACUCGACUAAAUUUCGACUCCCAACAACUUUCGGAAAAUGUAGCGGAUAAUAUUAGAUGAACGAAAUAAAUACGACUAGCUCAAGAAAAACAAACAACUAGCUAGCUUUCUAGCUAAGACCACCAUGGUUCUGUGUUGUGUAUGAAUGGGAGCAUGAAGUGUUCUCUCCUGGAGCUUAGCUAGCUAGCUGUGUGUGUUUGGAGCCUCAGCACCGACGUGGCUAACUGACCCCCUUUUUAAUGUCUCUGUUUAUAUUUUCAACACAAUUCUGUCAGAUAUUGUAAAGGCAGGGACUACUACAUUUUUUUUGUUCCACCAUGUCGGGGGAAGUUCGUUUGAAAAAGCUGGAAAAACUCUUCCUGGAUGGUCCUGUCCAGUCUAAUGGCCAGUGUUUCAGUGUCGAGUCUCUUCUGGAUGUGCUCAUCUGUCUGUAUGAUGAGUGCAAUAAUUCCCCCCUCAGGAGAGAGAAGAACAUCUCCGAGUUCCUAGAGUGGGCUAAACCAUUCACAUCUAAAGUGAAACAGAUGAGACUACACAAGGAGGACUUUGAAAUCCUGAAAGUGAUUGGCCGAGGAGCGUUUGGGGAGGUAGCGGUUGUGAAGGUGAAGAACUCUGAUAAGGUUUUUGCCAUGAAAAUUCUCAAUAAGUGGGAGAUGCUGAAAAGAGCUGAGACUGCGUGCUUUCGGGAGGAGAGGGAUGUUUUGGUAAAUGGGGACAGCCAAUGGAUCACAACACUACACUACGCCUUUCAGGAUGACAACUUUCUGUAUCUGGUGAUGGAUUACUACGUGGGCGGAGAUCUCCUGACGCUGCUGAGCAAGUUUGAGGACCGCUUACCUGAGGAAAUGGCCCGAUUUUACCUGGCUGAGAUGGUGCUGGCUAUUGACUCUGUACAUCAGCUCCAUUAUGUGCACAGAGACAUCAAGCCAGACAACAUUCUCUUGGAUAUGAAUGGACACAUUCGUCUGGCUGAUUUUGGCUCCUGCCUUAAACUCAUGGAUGAUGGAACGGUUCAGUCCUCUGUGGCGGUUGGCACUCCCGAUUACAUCUCUCCUGAGAUCCUGCAGGCCAUGGAGGAUGGAAAGGGAAAAUAUGGCCCAGAGUGUGACUGGUGGUCUCUGGGUGUUUGUAUGUAUGAAAUGCUGUAUGGGGAAACCCCCUUCUAUGCCGAAUCUCUGGUGGAGACGUACGGCAAGAUAAUGAACCACAAGGAGCGAUUCCAGUUUCCUGCCAAUAUCACAGAGGUGUCCGAGAAUGCCAAAGACCUGAUCCGCAGGCUCAUCUGCAGCAGGGAGCACCGACUAGGUCAGAAUGGUAUCCAAGACUUCAAGCAACAUCCUUUCUUUUCUGGCAUCGACUGGGACAACAUCCGAAACUGUGACGCUCCGUACAUUCCUGAAGUCAGCAGCCCUUCAGACACUUCCAAUUUUGAUGUGGAGGAUGACUGCCUCAAAAACACAGAGACGAUGCCUCCUCCCUCUAUAACGGCCUUCUCUGGACAUCAUCUUCCAUUUGUAGGCUUUACUUACACUAGUCAGUGCUGCAUCUCUGACCGUGGGUGUCUGCGAGAAUCUGCGGCACCUGUGCAGAUGGACGUGUGUGUACAGCGCAGCUUGGAGGAGAGCCUAGCUAUUGAGGCAUAUGAGAGGAGGCUCCGUCGUCUGGAGCAGGAAAAAUUGGAGCUCAGCCGCAAACUGCAGGAGUCCACCAAGACUGUGCAAGCUCUGCAGUACACUGGAGAUGCUCCUGUCUCUGCUAACAGGGAGUUUGAGAUCCAUGGCCUGAAGGAGGAAAUUGAGACUCUAAAGAAGCAGAUAGCAGACUCUGGCCAGUUGGAGCAGAAGUUGGAACAGGCUAGUGCAACCCGCAAAGAUCUGGAGGAGUCCACCAAACACAUCUGCUCUCUAGAGAAGCAGAUAAAAAGCUUGAAGCAGGAGAGGGAAGAAAUGCAGAAGGAGAUGAUGGAGUCUGCAGAGAAGCUGAAGGCUCAGGGGAAGGAGCUGAAGGAGGCAGACAGCCAGAGAAAGUUAGCUAUGCACGAGUUCUCAGAGAUGAGUGAGCGAUUGACAGAGCUGCGCUCUCACAAACAGCGCCUUUCUCGCCAACUACGAGACAAAGAGGAAGAGAUGGAUGCACUCAACCAGAAGCUGGAGGCUUUGAAGCUGGAUUUGCGCAAAGCAGAAAGGACAAGAAAAGAGAUGGAAACCCAGGCUGAGGAGCAUGCUUCAGAAGCCCAGAAAGAGAAGAAGCUGAGGGAUCGCAGUGAACAGUACAGCAGACAACUGGAGGAGGAACUGGCAGCAGUGAAGCAAAAGCAGGCUGGUCGUUCCUCAGCUGCUGGAGCCCCUGAGCAGCACCAGGAACUCACUAAGCUGCGUGCCGAUCUAGAGAAGAAGACGGUGUUUUAUGAGGAGGAGCUGUCUCGCCGCGAUGUCCAACAUGCCAAUGAGUUGAAGAGCCUGAAAAAAGAGUUUCAUGAUGCCGAAGCACAACAUCUUUCUUUAAACAAAGAAAUAAUGAUGUUAAAAGACAAACUAGAGAAGACCCGCAGAGAAAGUCAGAAUGAACGAGAGGAGUUUGAGACGGACUACAAACAAAAGUACGAGAGGGAAAGAGUGCUGCUGAUGGAAGAGAACAAGAAACUCUCCAGUGAACUAGAUAAUUUGAUGAUCUUGUAUAAAAAGUUGAACAGCAAUCACAAGCAGUUGGAGGAGGAAAUGAGAGAGCUGGCUGACAAGAAAGAGAGUGUGGCCCACUGGGAAGCUCAGAUCACGGAGAUCAUACAGUGGGUGAGUGAUGAGAAAGAUGCACGAGGCUACCUCCAAGCUCUGGCUUCAAAGAUGAACGAGGAGCUGGAGGGACUGAGGAACACCAGUCUUGGCACUCGCUCUACGGACAUGCCAUGGAAGAUGCGACGACUGGCUAAGCUGGACAUGUCUGCCCGUCUGGAACUGCAGUCUGCACUGGAUUCUGAGAUAAAAGCAAAACAAGCCAUCCAAGAUGAGCUCAGUAAAGUGAAGGCAGCCAACAUGGCGACUGAUUGCAAACUCCAGGACUCUGAAAAGAGGAACCAGGAUUUGCAGGCGGAGAUUGAGAAACUGAAACGAGAAACAGAAGAACUACGUUUGUCUAAGGGUGUAAAGCACCAAGGUUCACAGAACUCCUUCCUUGCAUUCCUCAAUGCCCCAACCUCUGCUGUGGAACACUUUGAUCGAUCUCCUGCCUGUGGUCAAGCCAGCAAAGGCAGACAUGUUGACUCCAUUGACAACUUUAGCCUGUCAAAUACGCCGUCCCGAGAUGAUGAUCGCAAGUCUCAAGUUGUGUCCCACUCUCGUUCUCCUUCUAGUACCAGUGACCUGGAGCCUCUAGAGCCAAUAGAUUAUCCCCACAGAGGUACACAGACUCCUACCAUGCGAUCAGGAGGAUACAGCAGUUCUGGAUUUCCCACACCAAAGCCAAAAGCUCACCAGUUUGUGGUAAAGUCCUUCAGUGCUCCCACUAAGUGUAACCAAUGCACUUCUCUGAUGGUGGGACUCAUCCGACAAGGCUGUAUAUGUGAAGUCUGCAACUUCUCAUGUCACGUGACAUGUGCGGACAAAGCCCCUGCAGUGUGUCCUAUUCCACCAGACCAAACGAAAGGUCCACUGGGUAUCGACACACAGAAAGGCAUUGGCACAGCUUUUGAGGGCUAUGUUAGGGUGCCUAAGCCAGCAGGAGUAAAGAAAGGUUGGCAGAGGGCCCUUGCUGUUGUGUGUGACUUUAAGUUGUUCCUCUAUGAGCUUGCAGAGGGCAAGGUUGUGCAGCCCAGUGUAGUGGUUAGCCAGGUCAUCGACAUGAGGGAUGAGGAUUUUUCAGUCAGCUCAGUACUAGCAUCCGAUGUCAUCCAUGCCAGUCGGAAGGAUAUCCCCUGUAUUUUCAGGGUUACAGCGUCCCAGCUCUCUGCAUCUGGCAGUAAAAAAUGCUCCAUCCUGAUCCUGGCUGACAGUGAUCAGGAAAAGAAUAAAUGGGUGGGAGUGCUGAAUGAGCUACACCGUCUCCUAAAGAAGAACAAGUUAAAGGAGCGUUCUGUUUAUGUCCCAAAAGAAGCUUAUGACAGCACUCUGCCUCUUAUCAAAACCACCCAGUCUGCUGCUAUUAUAGAUCAUGAGAGGAUAGCCCUGGGUAAUGAGGAGGGACUGUAUGUUAUCCAUGUCACCAAAGAUGAGAUUGUCAAGGUAGGGGAUAAUAAAAAGGUCCACAUGAUUGACCUGAUUCCCUCUGAGCAGCUGCUAGCCGUCAUCUCUGGCCGUAACCGCCAUGUUCGGCUUUUCUCCAUGGCGGCUCUGGAAGAUCGGGACACUGACUUCUACAAGCUUCCUGAGACUAAGGGCUGCCAGACGUUGGCGUCUGGUACAGUGAAGCAUGGUGCUCGGCCCUGCCUGUGUGUUGCCAUGAAGAGACAAGUAAUCUGCUACGAGCUCAACAAGGGUAAAACACGGCACCGGAAGCUGCGGGAGCUGCAGGUACCUGGUGUGGUGCAGUGGAUGGCUCUACAGGGGGAUAAGCUGUGUGUAGGUUACCAGGCUGGAUUCCUACGCUACAGCUUGCAAGGAGAUGGACCUCCUACUAGCCUGCUCCACCCAGAGGAUCACACCCUGGCUUUCAUAGGGCAGCUGGGCUUGGAUGCACUCUGUGCUGUGGAAAUUUCCAGCAAAGAGUUACUCCUGUGCUUUAGCAGCAUUGGGGUUUAUGUUGAUUGCCAAGGAAGACGCUCACGCCAGCAGGAGCUGAUGUGGCCAGCUGUGCCAACUGCCUGUUGUUAUAAUGCACCUUACUUAUCGGUGUACAGUGAGAAUGCAGUGGAUGUGUUUGAUGUGAACAGUAUGGAGUGGAUCCAGACAAUUCCUCUGAAAAAGGUUCAUCCUUUGAACACAGACGGCUCAUUAAACCUGCUAGGGCUGGAGACAGUACGGCUUAUCUACUUUAAAAAUAAAACAGCAGAGGGAGAUGAGCUGGUGGUUCCAGAGACAUCUGACAACUGCCGGAAACAGAUGGUGCGCAGUAUGACAAGCAAACGCCGCUUUUCCUUCAGGGUGCCAGAGGAAGAGAGGCUGCAACAACGGAGAGAGAUGCUUAGAGAUCCUGAGAUGAGGAAUAAGUUGAUUUCAAAUCCAACCAACUUCAACCAUGUUGUUCAUAUGGGUCCUGGAGAUGGGAUCCAGAUACUUAAAGACCUGCCAAUGUCUUGUUCUCGUCUCCCCUCUCCCUGCCUGCACCUCAUCUCCACUCCCACCAGCUUUGAGCAUGUCUAUCACAUGACUGUCACCUCUGCUGACGACUUCCUGUCCCAGGAUUCUCCUCUUUCCUCCUACUCCCCAUCCCUAAGCUCUGCACCUGGGACGCCUGCCUCCAUCUGCUCUCUGAAUUUGCGUCCUCAGGAGAGCCGGGCAGUAUUGGGUGGCUCUGUCAGCAUCCCCUCUAUAAGCAAGGCCAGACCUGAACCAGGCCGCUCCAUAAGUGCCAGCAGUGGCCUUGGCACGCGUUCAUCCUCUCAGAAUGGAAGCGCUCUUAGAAGGGAGAUCUCCGGUGGGAGUUACGGCUCCAACAAGCGGCAGGCGAUGACCUCACCCUCUGAGGGCUCACUCUCGUCAGGGGGAGGCAUGGAUUGUGCAGGUGAUGCCCCUCUCUCCCAGUUUGACAGAGAGUGGAAGGCAGUUUCUCCCACAGACAAGAUCCCUGAUGUGAAAAGGACUUUAAGGACCCUGUUUAGUAAGAUAAAGGAUUCUGAUUCACCAAGACAUUCUACAGCCUCCAACAGCUCUAACCUGAGCAGUCCACCAAGUCCAUCCUCCCCACAUAAGAGCAAGUCCCUCUCUCUGGAGCGCAGUGAGCAGCCAGGCUGGGAGUCCUGAGAGCUGUACCAGGCAUUCAUCCCACUCGUCCUGCUCUCUGUAGCCCUCUCUACAGCAUCAGGAUCCCUUAAAUGUGUGGAUUUAAAAAAAAAAAAAAAAAAGACAAGCAGCAAUGAUUCUCAAGGAACUUAAUACACUACAUUUUGGAUGGUGUGUGAAUAGGAAAAAAAAAAAAAGUGUGUAUUUGUUUGUGCACGUGUGUGACUAAGCUGACCAACACACACAAUUGCAAAAACAGUCCGAUACACACAUUUGAUUACAGCCUUUUUAAGUCCUGCUUUGGCGUAAAAAUCAAACACUUCUAGGAGAUUUCGAUUUAUUGGGGUUUUCUUCUAACCUAUUACCUGGUAGUGUUCUCUACCACUGACACUACUAUUUUAAACUUUACAUUUUAAGAAUAAUAUCAAAUGGCUAAACUUUGCCCAAUUAAAAAAGGCUUUUAAAACUAAAUACAGUCGUCACCCUUUGCUUAAGAGCAAGGUGAAUUCGGAGCAUGAUUAGAAGUCAUCAGUGCUUAGUAACCAAUUAACGCUUAAACAUUUAUAACAUGGAGACGAGCUUGCUCCCGGCUUCAGCACUACAUUUAAACCAACCUCAGCACUGAGGUGCCAUGCAGCUCUUUCAUAUGUAAAGCUCAGAACACAGUAGAAAUAGAAAGAAUUAAAUAAUGUACAUAGAGUUUAAGUAGAGUAUAAUAUAUAAUGAAAAAUAACACUAUUGUGAAAAGUGACUUGGCUUGGAGAGUGUGAUUUCCUUUUGACUUUGUGAGUCAAAGUUUUUAAACGUUAAAAUGCAGCCAUGUUUAAUUGAACAAUUUUAGCUUUAUUUUAUCAGAAGAUCCACAGAUGUCUUAUAGUUCCACUGAAUCUGCCUGGAUUUUAUUAGGGAAAUAUGUUAAAUAUCAAGUCCGAAUGUAAUGACCGCAGGCACCCCAGGCACAUGCGUGUUCACAGAUUGAUGUGUAGAAUUACACACGAGACCAUCAGAACAUAGAGAAACAAUUCCUCAGUCACAUGCUCUUUGUGGUGAAUGUAUCGAAACCUGAUUGCAGCCACCUUCUUCCUCUUUUUGCCUACUUUAGUGUGCUUCAUGGUUCCUUUACUGGAGCAAUAAUGCUGUUUCCAAAGAUUCUUGUGUUUUAUUAUUACUGUUUUUCUAAUUUUAUUUUUGUUUGGGUGUUUUGUUUUUUAAAUGAGUGUUUUUAUGACUUGCAUAACUCAAAACAUGAAACCAAACUUAACCUGGGUGUGGAUGUGUAUAUAAAGUGUAAUCUGUAGGUUAUCACAGGUUUGAUGACACUAAAGUCACUGUAGUGUGACUCUCACAAAACAUAAUCCAGUUAAGCUUUCGAGUGCACUCCUGAUUAGGGAGCAUUCCAGGGCUUGAACUCGUUCACUGGUGCAUUUAUCUGUUGCCUCUACUUUUAUUACUUUCUGUAGCCAGUAAUGACAGGGUGGGAGAUGGGGGGGGUAGUUUUAUUCCUAAAGUUGAUGGUAAGGUGUGAAAUUAAAGAUCACAUCUUAAAUACCUCAAAUCUAUGAGGCAAGCCAUUAAUUAUAGUUCCCUUUCAAGCAGAACAAGCUUUCUGUACUGUAUCGCUCAUUCCAUUCCUUUUUUUUUUUCUGCAGAAGACCUAACUCAUGCAAAUAAGUUAAACAAAGCUGCUUUUUUAUGAUUGAUUUUAAGAUAUUUUGGGGUCCAUUAAUUCAUGCUAUUGGAGCAAAUGCGCAAGUUACCCAAAUUCCAGAGUUCAAGAUUUGUUUACAGGGGCAAGAAAUAUGUUUUCAAUGUAAAAGCACACCUUUGCAUAUGAAGAUAAUUAUGUGUAUUUCCGAAAAAGUGUAAAUAUGGACUUGGUAAAAUGGUCACCAUUCUUAUUAGCAUAUUGUCACUGCUCUAUGAUGGCAUUGUAUCUCCGGAGCUAUUAUUUAAGGAAUUUACAUGAUUUAUAAACUUCACUAUGCCUUUUAUCCUGUUGCUUUUAUUAACUCCAGAUCUCUAAAAUGCCUAAAGGGGACAAUGAGGGACAUCCGUCUGAGAGGGAAAAACUAAUCUAAACAGUCUACACUGGAGUUACAAGAUUUCAUACGACAGUAUUUUAACAUACUGUUUUGCAAACACGAUUGAAAAAAAUUCACUGUGGACCAGUCUAAUAAACUCGGCACAUUUGUAUUCUUAAAUUAGCAGCUGAUUUGAAAUGUGUUUGGGAUCAUGCUUAUGUGGUAUUACGUUGUUCUAUUUAUUCCUGCUGAAUCUAAGCGAUCAUACUCUAUCAUGUAAGCUUAAUGCAGAGUGCAUACGCCUUGUGGAAUUGAGGCUAUGAUGGAUAAAGUGUUUAUACAAGCAUGAUGGUAUAACAGGAAGCCUGUUGAGAUGUUACUCAGGUAUGUUAGAACCAAUGAUUUAUUUUAUUACAAUAAGAAACGGAGCAGGGGGAGAACACAAUCAGACUUUUCUGGCUGUCGUUUGGUGUUAUUUUAGGACUGUUAGUUGUCAUGUAGGCCAACAAUAGCGGGAGGUGCCUUAACUGAACUCGGUGUGAAUGCUGGGUAGUGUAGUAUGACAAUGGAUUAGACUUAAGGGAACUGAGGGGGAACUGAAAACAAAAUGAGGGUUUACUCUGCCUUGUAUAUUACAGCUAUUUCAUAUCACAUGGGUUUUGUUUUUUUUUUUUGUAAGAAUAUGUACAGUUUUGCAUGUCCGGUGUAUUCACUUUAAGGCUGGAUUUUCCAACUGUUUUUUUUUUUUUUUUUUCUUUUUUAAAUCUGUGUAGUGUGGACGCUUGGGAUGUGAACAAGAAUACCACCACACUUUUUUGGCACAUGCUUAUUUAAGGUGGAAUGUCAUUGAGUUUAUAUUUAAUUAGUCACUACUCUUCACAUUGAGAACUCAUAUCUUGACUGAUUUAUUUCAAUAAAAUGGGGAACUGUUACAAAA